GGAACAAUGAGAGUCUUCAUUUUAUGUGCACUUUUCGUGGCCUCUGUUGCAGGUGUUCCUGAACAGAGGAUCAGCAGUGGUGUUCAAGCGAACAUCGCAUCAUACCCUUAUGCGGCUGUUCUCCUUCGCUAUAGCUCCGGUUCCUAUGCCCAACGAUGUGGUGGCGCUAUCAUCAACAAUAGAUCCGUGCUGACUUCAGUUAACUGCAUUUACAACGAUGCUCCACGAAACUGGAUCAUCAGAGUAGGAUCAUCACAAGCAAACAGUGGCGGACAGGUUCUCAAUGUCGGUAGUUUCAUAAUUCACCCGAGUUAUGACGUCACAGAAAGUAACAACGACGUCGCUAUUUUGAGAGCUCAAAACUUCAUUAACUACGGUACAAAUGUAAACCGUAUUUCAAUCGCUGGCAGCAACUACAACCUCAAUGACAACACAGUGGUCACCGUUAUGGGAUGGGGUGCUAUCAGAUACGAAGGACCCAGAUCAAACCAGCUGUUGAAGGCUGACCUCUACAUAAUCAACCAAGAGACAUGCAGACGCAACUACAACAUCAUCUCUAUGACAAUAACUCAGAACAUGCACUGCGCAGGCAACCCCAAUACUGGCGGUGACUUCUGCGAAGGAGACGUCGGUAAUCCCUUGGUGCACCAAAACGUGUUGGUUGGUAUCGCAUCCUUCCGCACACCCGUCUGUGGUAGACCCAAUUACCCUGGAAUAUACACCAGAAUUAACAGAUACUCCAGCUGGAUCCAGAGCAACGCGUAA